UUUUGUGGGAGCUCUGAGCUCUGGCUACACAAUUAUGAAUGAUCACAGGCGUGUUGUUAACACGUCACUAUACUGCCAGUGUGUAAAUGCAACUUGACACCGAGAGUGUGUUUUGAAGAGAGAGUGAAAGUUUUGACAGUGACAUUGUUGGUUGAUCUGCUGAGGACACAGAAAGAGCAGUCCACUACUUGAGCCAGUAUGAAUGGUGCCUUCAGUCCUAGGCGGGAACCAGGACCUGACCUCUCCUGCCUGCACCAGUACAACGAGUGGCUGGCUUGUAGGCAUGAGUCCAGUCUCCUGCCCAUGAAAGAAGAUCUGGCCAUCUGGCUAAAUGGAAUCCUUGGUUUGGAUAUAACAGUGGAUAACUUCAUGGACAGACUAGACACUGGUGUUGUCCUGUGUCAGCUUGCAGAAACGCUACAGGAGAAAAUGAUUCUGUCAAGCAAUGGCAAGCCCUUUAUUCGGCGUGUGAUUCGCUGGCGGCCUGAUGCAGCCUCUGGAUCAUUCUUUGCUAGGGACAACGCUGCUAACUUUCUGUACUGGUGCCGUAAAAUUGGCAUAGAGCCAUCACAUCUGUUUGAGUCUGAAGAUCUUGUUCUUCAGAAGCAUCCUAGGGAUGUAUGCUUGUGUCUCAUGCAACUUGGGAGAAUUGCUUCAAGGUAUGGCAUUGAGCCCCCUGCGCUGGUCAAGCUUGAGAGAGAGAUUGAGAAAGAGGAAAAUGCGUCUCUGUCACCAUCCAUGUUCUUUGCCUCACCGCUGCCAUCUCCCUCCACCCCACCUGUUUUUUUCCCUCCUGAUCCAGAGCCCCCUGUAAUCUCAACCCCCUCACCCAUCUCUCCUCCAUCCCCUCCUCCAGACCCCUAUCCCUCUACUCCACUGACCCCUACCCCUCCCCCAGAGUCCACGUCCAUCUCCUCUGACUCAAACACCCCGUCAGAACCUCAGCAAACUUCACCAACUCCACCAUCACCCAUCAGGACACCCGUCAAAUCAAUGCCACCCUCUCCGACAAACAGCUUUGGAAAGACUAAUGGGAAAAAGAGCCGUGGGAACCUGCUGGAUGAGAUUGUAAGGCAAAUAUCAGAGGAUCCACCAUGCAAAUGUCCAGUCAAAUUCUGCAUUGAGAAGCAGCCAAAAGGCCAUUAUCGUGUCGGAGACAAAGUUCUCUAUGUCAGGAUGUUGAAUGAUAAACAUGCCAUGGUGCGUGUUGGUGGUGGAUGGGAGACCUUUGCUACUUACUUAUUAAAGCAUGACCCGUGCAGGAUGACCAUGAUCGCCCGGCCUGGAACCAAAGCCUGCAAGCCUAAUGGCAGGUCCCCAGUCAAGAGAGAGCUGUCCAGGGACAGUUAUAUGGUCAUGGGUACUCACUCCCGCUUUAAGAAGUGAUGUGACUCAGUAACUGCUAGCUCUGUUAAAUCAACAGCAGGCUGAUUUAGUUUUUCUAGGAGGGAAGCAGCCCAGGUGGCUUGGUCUUUGAAUUUUGUAAUUCAUCUUUCUUUAGGGCAGUGGUCCUGAAACUUUUUGGGUCAUCAUGACUCACAAAUGUGUCACAGGUAUAUUCUGAUAGGGUUGCAGACAGCUUAAGAGGAUGAAAAUGCUUUUGAAAAAAAUAAAAAAAAGACAACAAAACUAUACAUGUUAAAGGUGCCAUCGAAUUGAAAAUUGAAUUUACCUCGGCAUAGUUAAAUAACAAGAGUUCAGUACAUGGAAAUGACAUACAGU